CACAAUGACAAUAACGUUCUUGAUUCUUGAAAUGAGCACGCAUAGCAGCUUGGGGCACUCUGUGAUGUGAUGCACGAGUAUACAGCAACCCCUUGUGAUACACAUAAAUGUCCCCUUGCCUUCAGAGGAAUGUUUCCUGGCAGACACACUCACACAAUCUUUCUGUCGACCUGUCUGGACACAACCCCAACAGGUGGCCCCUGGGGGCCGAAAUCCUCAAUGGUGCUUAAUCACUGGAGGCUGACAGGGCAACUGCUCCGCUGAGAACAUUGUGAAUUUAUGGACCAGAAAUCCACUGGGGUAAAAGAGUCAAAGGCAAGUGUGAAGACGGCAAGGAAAACGGACGAAGAGCGCCAAACCUUUUGUUUAAGCUGACAAAACAAACAAACCUGAAAAUGGGAUUCAGGGCUCUUCUUCUGCUCGCCAUACUGGGCUGUCAGUGGGGAGCGGGCAUCCUUCAACGGAGAGAUGAUGCAAACAUUUACGAGGAGCAAAAAGAGCUGACCGCAAAGAUCGAGCUGUUGAGUUGCUUGGAGGCGAAAUUGAAUGACACGGAGAAAUGGCGGAAUGACCUUAACGUUUUAGAAACGAGGCUCAACGCCACCAUAGAGGAGCUGGAAAGACAAAGAGCUGAAACAAACAGGCUGAAGGAAGCAAAUGAGGCCAUGCACGACAGAAUGAAUGCCACAGAGGAGGAGAUAGAGAAGCUGAAACCGAAUGGUGGGAAAGCUCAUCCCCAGGUGGCCUUCUCUGUGUCCUUAGAGGAGUCUGGGGAGAUUCUCAAAGGGCCAAGCACAGACACAACACUGGUCUUCAAAAGAGUCUUUUCAAACACUGGCAAUGGUUAUGACCAAAUCACAGGUGUCUUCACAGCGCCGGUGAAUGGGCUCUACUAUUUCACCUUCAGUACCUACGGCUACAACACUCACCUCACAGGGGCUUUCUUAAUGAAGAAUGGGGUUCGUCAGGUUUCAACUUAUGACCACCAUUCAUCUGACCACUCAGACAGCAGCAGUAACGCUGUUGUCCUUCAUCUCGUUGCCGGUGAUAAAGUGUCUGUGGAAUUGUGGGAGGACGCUAGAGUCUAUGACAACCUGAAUGGACAUACCACCUUCACUGGCUUCCUCCUUUUCCCUGAGUAGAU